GCGCGGGAGGCGUGAGGGGCCAUGCCGCGGGGUGGGCGCCGGGAUGGUGAACCUGGCGGCCAUGGUGUGGCGCCGGCUGCUGCGGAAGCGGUGGGUGCUCGCGCUGGUCUUCGGGCUCUCGCUCGUCUACUUCCUCAGCAGCACCUUCAAGCAGGAGGAGCGGGCUGUGAGAGAUCGGAGCCUCCUCCAGGUUCAAGACCAUGAACAGCCCAUUCCAUGGAAGGUACAGUUUAACCUGGGCAACAGCAGUCGGCCGAGCAAUCAGUGCCGGAACUCCAUUCAAGGCAAGCACCUCAUCACAGAUGAGCUGGGCUACGUCUGUGAGAGGAAGGACCUGCUGGCAAACGGCUGCUGUGACCCCAGUGUCCCCAGCACGAAGCAGUUCUGCUGCGACGGCUGCCUGGCCAGCGGCUGCUGCGGUGCCUAUGAGCACUGUGUCUCAUGCUGCCUGCAGCCCAGCAAGCAACUUCUCCUGGAGCGCUUCCUCAACCGGGCCGCAGUGGCCUUCCAGAACCUCUUUAUGGCCGUGGAAGACCAUUUUGAAUUGUGCUUGGCCAAGUGUAGGACCUCAUCCCAGAGCGUGCAGCAUGAGAACACAUACCGGGACCCCAUAGCCAAGUACUGCUACGGAGAGAGCCCGCCCGAGCUCUUCCCUGCCUGAUGGGCUGUGGGCACACGGAGCCUGCUGCAGAAUUCACGCCUGGAGCCAGACUUCCCAGCCCAGGCCCGUCCACUGCCCGAGGACACAGUGGACGGUAGCACGAGGGUCGUGUCCUGUGGCGUCCUGUGGCUGAGCUCAGCGCCUGGCUAGGCCAGAUGUUGGAGCUCUUCUGUGACGCAGUGCGAGCCUGCAGUGGUGCCAUCAGGGAAGGAGCGCCAGCUGGCUGGGAUCCCGCUGCCCUUGACACCUGCGGGGGCCUGUGACCAUCCUCGGGGCCGGCUCACUCGGGCCACCACUGUACAGUUAUUUAUUGGACGUCUUUGGAGUUGUGGGGGAAAUACAGUGUUUGUGUAGGGAAUGCCUCGUUCUAGCUCAGUGUACUGCAGGGGUCAUGUAACCACUUUUCUUGUAUUCUGCUGUUGCAUGAGUGAAGUCCAUUCCCCUCUGACCCUAUGAAAGGCUUGCUCCAAGAGUGUGGGUCUUCUCUUGUGGUAGUUCUUUUUGGUGGUAUUUUAACAUUUUGAGUCAGCCUUGAGCACAAUCCCAUAACCAUAUCCCAGCACCUACAUUUAUCCAGACCUCAAGGUGCUGUUCCAUUUGGAAUCCUGGCAGAAUGACCUGCAGUCCUCCCCGCCUCUGAAGACUACAGUGCUUUGCUUGGUGUCUGUGGCUGGGCUUAUGUACUUGGGGUGAGACACCACAUCUCCAGGGUCCCCAUCUUCCUUGGCUGCCCUGGUGCACAUGGCCUGCCACGGUCUGUGGGAACCAUUGCCUGGCGUGGGGCAUCCAGCGCCUGCUUAUACACUUACCUUCUGUGCUGCCCGCCUCCUGGGGCAGUACCCUGAAAGGCUUGUGCAGGCAUUAUGUCUCCCCUGCAUAGUGUGUGACCUCCAGGAUCCCCACUGAGGGAUAAUGAGGGAACCUAGACAAGGGCUUCCUCUGGGAUUUGGGUCGCAGCCCAGGUCCACUCUCUCCGCCCUGGAAGCAUGGAUGGAAGAGGGAAACGCUAUACACCUAGUCAAAUCAGUUCCACAGCCCAAACGUCCUCCCAUUGGGCCAUGAAAUAAGGGUUUUUGUACUUGAUUCGGGUAUGUGUGUCAUUUGGGAAUUGACCACAUCCUGGGCCACACCAGCAAGCCACCUCUAGCACCUGGCCUGGCCUCCCUGGUGUGCCGACCCAGGAUUCCUCACUGCCUUCCACUUCCUGCAUGGUGUCCAGAGUCUAGGGCCUUUCAUUGUGCUGUGUGACCCAUGCUGGCAGUUUAGGGAAAGGUCCUGGCACAACUGGACACACCUUUGGGUACUUUAGAUGUGGCAUAUUGGAAGGGUGACCCCAGUGGUCCUCUCAAACAUGGCCUCCAUUUGUGAGUGUCAUACAUGAUGCUGUGGCACGAGCUGUAGCUGUAAGCAUGCAGAGCAGGGAAGGGGCCUGAGACAGGUGUGAAGAAGGUCAGCUGACCCCAAACACAUGUAGGCCACUUUCCCUUCCCCUGAGACCUUUUCUGGACAGCAGCUUGUAUGCAUACGUGACAAUUCGGCCCCCACCUGGUGUCACCAGUAUAGUACUGUCAUGGAAUCCUCCAGGCCAUUGUUUCCUGAACUUGUGGUUUUUCUAUAGGCAACACGUGACAUGUGCUUUCACAUGUGUGUGUGUGUGUGUGUUGUGUGUCAGGCUUCCCUGGGCCAUUUUCACUAAUCCAACGUGUGUGGGCAGAGCACCAGUUCCGCCAUUCCUGUGUUGAUUGUUUUUAAACUCUUUCCUAACGUUUCAGUGUUGAAAUUUGUCUUUAUGUCUAUGUUAUUGUUAACAUUGUUACUUUCCUAGUACUGGGGGUUGAAUCCAGGGCCACAUGAGCCAUGCCCCCCAGAUUUUUAUAAUCUUUUAAGCAUAAUAUUCCUCCUGUGUAUCAAACCAAUUUACUUUUUGCACCUUGUCUGUAAGUCUCUCUACAAGUUGAGCAAUAAUACACAAGUGCUCUUCAUUUCUGUUUGAUUAUUUUUGCAUGUUUUGGUUGGCUAAUUACCAGUUUUCUAUGGUGAGUCACUUCAUGAUGUGGCCUGUCUUUUUCUCCCUUUCCUAAGUGUUAGUAAAGAGCAUUUUUACAUGAA